AUGAACCUGGAAGCCCCGAAGCCGGAGGUCAAGUCUGCCACACGGGUCACCGGAGGCCCCGCCACGCCCCGCAAGGGCCCCCCCAAAUUCAAACAGCGGCAGACCCGCCAGUUUAAGAGCAAACCACCAAAGAAGGGCAUUCAGGGAUUUGGAGAUGACAUUCCUGGAAUGGAGGGAUUAGGCACAGACAUCACUGUGAUCUGUCCCUGGGAGGCCUUUAAUCACCUGGAGCUACACGAGCUGGCUCAGUACGGCAUCAUCUGA